CCUCCCAGAUUCUCCUCAGAGUGGGAGCUCCGGUAUGAGAUCUGAGCAGAGCUGAUCUGGGUUCUGAUCUGAGUUUGGCUUUGUUUGUAUAGUUUGUUUGGACUCUUUACAGCUCGGUGCUGGUUCUGUUGGUGGAGAUGAGUUUGGAUCAGAGCUGUUAGCUCAGUUAGCUCUGUUUCUGGGUUCUGGAUAAAGGAGCUUUAGGCAGGAGCUGAGUUAAGCUGGUCUGGGCUGAGAUGUUCUGCAGGAACCAGAGCUCCCGGGCCACGGUGGCUCGCGGCUCGGCGGUGGAGAUGGAGGUGCGCAGGGGGCACUUCAGACUCAGCGUGUUCGAGGACUCCGCGCAGGACAGUGAGGUGCAGAAGCAGAUAGAGAUGGAGGUGCGGAUGCGGGAGGGAGCCUGUCGGCUGCUGGCUGCAUGCUCUCAGAGGGAACAGGCUCUGGAAGCUUCUAAAAGCCUUCUAACCUGCAACAGUCGCAUCCUCGCUCUCAUGAGUCAGCUCCAGCGCAUGAAGGAGGCGCAGGCCCUGCUGCGCACGGGUCGCAGGUCAUCAGCUGGUUGCUCUCUUGAAGAGAGGAAGCCCUGUACUGGGAAAGUGGCCGUUUCAGAUAUCCGCAUCCCUCUCAUGUGGAAAGACUCUGAAUAUUUCAAGAACAAAGGCGAGUUGCACAGGUGGGCUGUGUUCUGCUUGCUGGCUGUGGGGAGAGAGAUCUGCGACACUGACCUGGUGAUGGUGGACAGGACACACACAGACAUCUGCUUCGAGGACACACUCAUAUUUGCGGAUGUGUCUCCGGGGUUUGAGCUGAGGGUGGAGCUGUAUAGCUGUUCUGUAGAUGAGGAGUUCAGUCUGUCUCAGGCUCCGAGGCGAUUGGCUCGUCUCAGCGGUUCUCUGGGUCGCUCCUCUGGUAAAAGACUCCGCGCCGCUCUGGAGUCGGCCACGGCCUGCGGACUGAACGGCAGCGCGGACAGAGAGACGGACGGAGACAGAGCUGGAUCCCCCGGAGAAUCUCCAGUUCAUGAACCAGCACAAGGGCCGAAGUAUCACCUGCUGGCCCACACCUGUCUGACGCUCUCCCACAUCCAGAAUUCAUUCAGAACUCAUGAUCUGACCAUCUCUGGCACAGAGGACAGCUCGUUCUGGUUGCCGCUCUAUGGAAGUGUGUGUUGUCGUCUGGUGGCCCAACCGAACUGUAUGACUCAGCAGGUCAUGAGCGGCAACCUGAAGGUCCAGCGACCAGAAGAUGGUCCUGAGGUGUGGUCAGAAGUCUACGGUGUCCUGAAGGGGACAGAACUUAUUUGCUACCAUCGACAAGAAGAUGCUGAAACUUCAGAAGAACCAGCGUUCUCCAUCCCUAUAAACAAGGAAACUCGGAUCCGUGCAACAGAAAAGGACCCAGUUUCAAACUCUCAAAGUAUCUUGGUUACCAACCAGUCGGUGCAGGGGGAGUCCACACACACACUUGUUGCACACACACACCGUGAUACACACAGCUGGAUGGAAGCUUUCUGGCAGCAUUUUUAUGACAUGAGUCAGUGGAAGCAGUGCUGUGAUGAUCUGAUGAAGAUCGAUAUGCCGUCCACACGGAGACCAUCAUCCAUCCCAACGAGACAAGGCUCACUGUAUCACGAGACGGUCACGUCCUCUGGUACCCAGUCCAGGGACGGCCCGCUACCCCAGAGUUUAUCUGUGUCUACAGAGAUUCAGACAAUGCUCUCGACAUACUACAAUGACAGGUACUGAAGCAGGGUGGCAUUACAGCUGAUUCAACUGCAGAACUUUAAACCAUCUCAGAGUGCUCCAUACGUCUCAUGGGGAAACUGGUGUCACAGUGUGUUUGGUUCCUUUUUGCUUAAAACUGUCUCAAUGCUGACCUGAUAAUUACAGUGGCGUGAAAAAGUAUUACCCCCCCCCCCCCCUACAGAUUUCUUUAGUUUUUGCUUUUUUGUCAUACUCAAACUUUAAAAUCAGACAAAGAUAAUCUGAGUAAAUAUAAAAAGCACUUUUUAAAUGAUGAUUUUAUUUAUUAAAGGAAAAAAACAAACUAUCCAAACCAAUAUAACUCUGUGUAAAACCAUUUUUCACCAGUCUCUUUCUUAUUAUUGAAUCAUUAACAAAUGAGGCGAGUGAGACCUGCAGUUCUUUAAAUGUUGUUCUGGGUUUUUUUAGUGACCUCCUGGAUGAGUUGUCCAUGCCCUUUUGGAGUAAAGGUUCUCAAGUGUUUUUCUUUAUUAGUUUCAUUCUGAGGGGAAAACACAAAAAGACACAUUCUUCUGCACAGUUUCGUGAAAAGAAGCUGCAACAUCUCAUUUGAUGCGAUGCAAAUUUUUGGACACCAUCCCAGAUUUUCAGGUUGAUUGAGAAGCUGAGCGAAGAUCUUGUGCAACCAUUUAAAUGAAUGACUGGUUUUGUAAGAACAAGGACACAGGAUAGAACUGUUGAAAUAAACGUGGUAAAUGAUCCAUGAAGUGCAAAAGAACACAGACUAUCUCUAUAAAAUAACUCAUGCCUUCAAUGUUUUAGAGCAGUGAGUCUAAAAAAAAAUCAUAUUGUUUAUUAGAUUAUCCAUCUGCCUUCCAUUUGUGCAAAAAACAGCCUGAUUUACUCUUUCAUACUCUCCUUUUCUUCUUCCUAAAUCCACUUCAGUCCUGUGUAUUUGUAAUGACUGCAAUCCCAUGUUCCCUUAUUCCUUCCUUAUUUAUUAAUAGAUAUUUGACUUGAUUGUAUAAACAUAAUUGUAGUAAUUACGUCCAAAUUGUCUGCGGCCACUAGUGAAGAUACCUCUGUUUUGCAUUAAACAUAUAUAUAUUUUAUUAAUAUUUUAAUAGCAGGUGAGUUAAAGGAGAACUUCAGUGUAAAAUGGACUUUUGUUGUAGUAAAACAUGAUAAAAAGAACUUACCUUUGAUGAAUAGCACACCUCUGUUCUCCCACAGCGUUCUGAAUUCCAGCACUCUGUAAAACGACCAUAUUGGGGCAUAUUUUGCCCCAGAUAAAUCGCUUUUUACACCGUUAUCCAGCUCAAAGUAGCUCCACACCUCUUUGAUAGAAUCCGGAGAGCCCUGACAUUUAAAACAAGGCAUUAAUAACUAAAAAAGUGCACAAGAAGCUUAUUAAAAAACACUGUUUACAUCUAUAUAAUGCUAUCUUCAGCUUCGAGCACCACCAUACUGUAAAACAGCAGCUUCAAAAUCACAUUAAAUCAGGCAGAAUAGUAUUUCUAUUGUUGAUACUCCGUGCUCAAAAAACAAAGGACAAAGCUUGUGAGGAAUAACUGUGUCAUUUUAGUGUAAGUGAUCUUUCUCUACUGCCUCAGUUUACGGUUCUGUACGUCUCAGCUUAUCCAGAAAUGCAUGUGUGCCGUGUGUCCUCCUAAUUGGAGUUUAGAGAUUAAAUUAUAAUUCCUGACCAUAGAGGGAAGCCCAGGAUUUAAAAAAUCCCUAUUCUCACAUUCUUUAAUGUUAAUUCAUUUUCAUUGUGUUCUCAGACUUUUUGACUUAACUGUAUAUUGCAAUAGAUUGAGUAUAAAUCUGAAUAAAUGUACUUUAUUUUAUUUUUAGAAACAUGUAUACAUUUUGUAUGGCAUGCAUUUUCCAUAUUUGUCCAAUUGUCAUUAAUUGAUUAAUA